GCCGUCGCCAAGGCAACGCUCGGAGGAGAGCAGCUUAGCAACGCAAAGCGGUCCAGUCCAGCGGUCGCCGUGUUCCUGCAUCAGACGGUCUCAGACACCUGGAGUCCAGAUGAAGUUCAUGGUGGUGCUGGUGGGCGCGGGGGCCCUGGCUUUCCUCGGCGCCGUCAUCUGCAUCUUCGCCAGCGUGUAUCCCCGCAAGCGCGCGGCGGCUCUCUCCGCCGACAACAGCACGCUGAUGCCGGACGCGCUGCUGCAGCAGCCCGUCUCCGUGGCUCACGCCGGUCCGCUCGGAGCGCUACACGGCGCCGAGUCCUACAACGGAGGCGACAGGCUGGGCUUGGAGCUGCCCACCUUGAACGAGCUCAACAUCGGGCAGGAGACCAACCCCGGCUCGGCCAAGCAGUUCAGCUUCAGCCGCCUGAUCUGCACUCCGCUACCAGCCGGGGAAUGCAAGUCCAAGGACGCGCGGCAGCAGCAGGAGCCGCAGGCGGACGAGCCACUCUACGCGCCCGGGGAGGAGGAGUAUCUCCGGACCACCGCCGAUGAGCUCCGGCAGAUGGUCCUGCAGCAGAACGACCAGAUCCUCAUGGACCAGAGGACCAUCCGCGAGCUCACGGGGAAGCUGAGCGAGUGCGAGAGCGGCUUGGAGGAAGACAAGAACGGACCUGAGCGGAGCAUCGGCGCGUGGAACGGGAACCGCCGCGUGAUGGCCGGAGAUGAUGUGAGCUCUUCGGCCGCCGCGCAGCUGCAGACCGCACGGGCGGUGGAGGAGCUCGCCAAGGCCAUCAUGGACCUGAAGGACCGCAUCGAGAAGCUGGAGGCAGAAAUCGGGCCGGCCGCCUUGAACCUGACUGACACGUCCACCGCUGCGGGUAGCAGCACUGGCAGCAGCAGCAGCAGCAGCAGCGGCAGCAGCGGCAGCAGCAGCGGGAGCACCAGCCAAACAGUCAAGCCUCCCACCCCAGCUGCUGCUCACCCUCCCCCUCCACCUGCAGUCGGCAACCCUGGAGGCCGUCGACCUGCUUCUCCUUCCGCAGCUAAGACCCCAUCUAAGGGUGGCUCUGGACGUGGGAAGAGCACCUGGAGAGUAGAGGACCUAGAAGGUGAGCUGGAGAGGAAGAUAAAGAUGCUGGAGAAGGAGCGUCAGGCAAUGAGGAAGGAGACCCAAGGUCAGCACGAGAAGAUCAACCAGGGUCUGGACAACGCCAACCAUCGGGUCACCGAGCUGGAACAAACGCUGACGGAGCCAUCGUUUCCUGACGGCUUCGUCCUCUCCUUCCCCAUGAGGACCAACUACAUGUACGGCCUGGUGCGGAAAGAGAUCACCGAAAUGUACGCCUUCACCGCCUGCUUAUGGCUGAAGGCUAAAGAAGGAGGGAUCGGAACCCCUUUCUCGUAUUCCGUGCCAGGUCAGCCCAACGAGCUGGUGCUGCUGCAGGGCGUCCACAAUCCUGUAGAGCUACUCAUCAACGACAAGGUGGCGCAGCUUCCGCUGCUGCUCCCGCAAAAUGAGUGGCAGCACAUCUGCGUCAGCUGGACCCUGAGAGACGGAGUGUGGAAGGCCUAUCAAGGAGGGAAAAUGAAGGGCAGAGGAGAGGGCCUGGCCGCCUGGCACCCCAUCAAACCGGGAGGAGUCCUCAUUCUGGGUCAGGAGCAGGACACACUGGGUGGGCGUUUCGAUGCCUCUCAAGCUCUGGUCGGGGAGCUCUCCCAGUUCAACCUCUGGGACCGGGUUCUGAAGCCCGCAGAGGUGGCUUCCCUCGCCGACUGCAGCUCCUCGGUUCUGGGUAACAUCGCCCCCUGGACCGACCUGGACGUUGACGUCUACGGCGGAGCCACCAAGGAGUCAUUGGAUCCGUGUCACGCCGCUCAGAGAGCCAACCCUCAGAGCCCCAAACAGUGAGGGACGACAGACGGCAAGUUUAGUCAGAGAGUUACAAAGCUCAGUUGGAAUUCAGAACAAGUCCACGAGAUUGCUGUACUUUAGUUUGGCGGUAAGGAGCUUCAGAGGGAGGGAGAACUACCAGAAUGUCACAGAGCCAUUGAGGUUUUCCAGAUUAGCAGUGAUUUUGUUUUGUUCAUUUGUGUCGGUGUGUUUACUUCUGUGGUGAAAUGCUCUAAGUUUCGUCUCAGAACGGUGAGGGCUGCGUAGCACAGGCAGAGAGUCGAGGAUGGAUGGGAUCUAUUACAGUUGCGUGAUUAGUUCUGGUAAGAGGCUGUCAGUCUAAAGGCCAUGCGACCACCGUGGUAUUUCUGAGCUGCCUUCUGGAUGCACUUGUACAGUAGGCCAUGACUCCAGUCUUUAUUGAUGUCAUUUAUCAUUUGAUUUGUCCGCACAGGAAUGUUGCAUUUACCAGCGUCGUGGUUUCGGUAACACUUAAUAACGCUGGCCCCUUUAUAAUGACUCACAGUGAGAAAAGGUCUCGGAUGAUUCAAAGGUCCUUUUAACAAAUACGUAACUUAUUUUUGUUGUGUUUUGACCAGUGAUGUUAUGCGUUGAUUUUCACUCAUGACUAAGGACUGAAUUAUGAUCACAUGACCAACUAAGAAAGGCUGUAAACGCUCCUUGUCACGCCACAGAUGAACGUCUCUAACAAUCUCUUAAAAUUUUAAACCGUUUAAAUGAGAAAAUGAAACUUCAAAUGGAGGAUUCAAAGGCACUUCCUGGCACGUGCUUCUUAGUAUGACAACGGUUGAUGGGCGCAGGCUACUGCUUUUAUUUUCAGUUGCACUUUUUAAUGGACAUUUACGCAACAUCGGCGACUCAGAGCAAAAAAUGUGCGUCAUCAUAUAUAAACAAUCUGCUUGAAAAGUAUCGUGUUGUGCGUCUGUCGAUGUUUAGACAGUGCCAUCGAGUCCUUCAUUCGAUGUUUCAUUUACUCUGAAUUUUAAAGUCCAAUCGUGACUGCUGUGACACCAGCUCCGGAUACAUCACUUUGCAUCAACAACGUCACACAACAUUAAGUAUAGUUACAUUUGCUUCAGCAAUCUUGUACAAGAAAAGACACUUUCUCCUUCCAAAUUUCAAAAGUCAACAGCGUUAUCAAGUGUUGCCAGAUCACUGCCACUCAGUGCAUUGACUUGCUGAUACGAUUUCUGUAGAUGUUAAACCGUAGCUUGUCGUUUUUCACACCGUGUCACAUGAUUUGAUACAAGAGUGGUGUUAUCAAUGUGAAAUGCAUCUGCCAUUGUCGCUCAGUAACCAGUCUGCUGCCUCACACACACACACACACGUCGAUCACAUCGCAACUGUAACAACAGUGCUGAAUUCCCAGCUGGAGGACGAUGAAUGUACGCUGAAUGUUGUGCAUGUGUAAGUGUCCCACUCGGUUUUCCGUCUCUCCGACCUGUGCAGUGGUGUGGGAAUGCUCAAAAUGUUUAUGAUGAUCUGUGUUUUUUUUUUUCAGGUGGAAUGACAGCGUGAUAAAUAAAUAGUUACUGUAUGUCAGGGCUCACAUAGAACAAAGAUGUGUUCAUCCAAAGCAGAGCGUUUAUGUGUGAAUUUUGUGAACGUUGUUUCUAAGGAAGGGCAAGUGUAUCGAUUAUUUCAGCUUUUAAAAAUGUGAUGGCAACUCAGCACUAGACGUCCACUAAACUUGCUGCCAGAAGGUUUUUCCCGGAAGUCAACUUCACAUGUAACAGAAAUAUUUGUGUGCAUGAUACAUUUUGGACCAAUGGGCGCUCACAUUUCCUGAGAUGCCACAUUACAUACUGUGAUGGUUGUUGAGAGGCGUCGAGCUAAAAACCACAAAAGAAAAAGUCAGAAAUUUAACUUAAAUUAUUGUGUCAUAAAACAAGAAUAAAAUAGAAAAACAUGUAAUAAUGCCUUGAUGCUAGAUGCUUAAACUACGUGGUUUGAUUAUACAUUGUUUUCAUCCUAUAUAAAGAUUCUCUUAAUAAACUAUUUAAGCACUUUUUUACUCCUUUUUUGUACUUAGUUACUUUCUUUUUUGUAAAGGAUUAAUAUUUUUAUUUCAUUUUUAUUUCAGUACUAUUGUUUGUUUGGCUAUUACAACCAAUGGUGAUGGAAGGAAAACAGACAUGUAAAAUGGAAAACUAAAAAUGUCUUAUGAUUUGUUUCAAGAAUUCAAAUGACCUCAUGAGGGCCACAUAUAUCCCGUCAAAUCCAGGACGUGCUUGUCCCUCAUAUGGUAUAAAAGGAUUGGGACUCAUAUGGUUUAAAAAGCGUAUGCUUUUUGAUGAGCGUAAGCAAUUUAACAGCUAAUGUUGGAAACGAUAAAUAAGAAGAAUCUAAGUGUGUUAAUCCUAUAAUAAAUUCUAGUAUCAAUUCAGUAGCAGAACCAAUGAAAACAAGUCUGUCUGUCCUUCAAGAACAAAAGGGAGUCUUAGUUUAAUAAACUUUAAAAUACUGGAAAUUCACAUUAUAAAUGUUACCGUUUUAAAAACCUCAAAACACAUACAAUAGCCAAAUGUUUAGCAUCGCUGCUGCUAGCUUGGUGUCAAAUGUUGCUCGGUGCUACAGCUGCUAGUCAGUAGAGCUGCUUAUGAACGUUGCAUCAGCUGGUUAGUUCGGCGUGUGAGGGUUGGGGUGCCACUGUUGACACGACAUGUGCCACAUUCAUGACCCGUCACGUUUAAACCAGAAAAUCCAGUCAAAGUUGUUUAAGAACUUUUGUUUUGAAAUUCAGUUUAAAUGGCCUUCUACAAACACAAGACUGCUGAAGAGUGUUAUUUCUAAAUCUCAGCUGGAAGUUGGUUCAACAACAGUGAUACAACCGAGUCACACUGAUCCAAGUCAAUGGGCACCAACACUGUGCUUCUCAAGGAGUAACCCACAACAGUCACUGUGCAGUCCAAAGUGCGUCUGUAUUUCCACGGAAACCCACUGUUCAUUUGGAAACUAUGGUUGUGAAGUGCCUGUCUGGACUCCAAUGCCUCCGUUGUUCAAAAGUGUAUUUUAUCGUAAAGCUUCUCACUGUUUCUCGUUUUCUCUUGCUUUCGGUUGUUUACGGCUUCGACAGUGUGACGCUUGUUGUUAAUAGAUGGAGAAAUUAAUAUAAUAAUAAAAAGAAG